AUGGGCAUGAAAUUAAAGAGGCGCGUCUCCGAAAUAUCCAGAGAUGAUCGCGGGCACACGGCAAAGUGGCUGCAUAACACACCCGGCCAGGCCUCUAACGGCCACAAUUUUGCUCGCGCCGCCCUCAUCUCCCACCCCGCGCCGCCGCUCGCUCGCCGCUCGCCCGCGCCCGCGCCCCCACGCACCUCCGGCCGCGCCCCCGCCCACCUCCGGCCGCGCCCCUACCCACCUCCCCGCCCACCUCCGGCCGCGCCCCCGCGCACCUCCUCGCCCGCGCCUCUGCUCGCCCGCGCCUCCGCCCGCCCGUGCCACCGCGCGCUCCGCGCGCCGCGCCCGGCCCUCCCGGCCCUCGGCGCCCACGCGCACUCCGGCCGCUCUCGGCCCUCGGCGCUCGGCGCCCUCGACCCCGACGCCUCCAAGCUCCUCGACCCCGACCCCCGGCACCCCGACAGCACUUCGAAGCCCCCAAAGGACCGUGAAAACCCCGUGGGAGCCGAGUGCGAGUCUGCCUGCACUGCUUCACCUCGCCGCUGCACCGACCUGCCACUGCCCCGCUAUCCUUACUCCACCGCCACCUAA